AUGGCGUCGGAUUCAAACGGCUCCUGGAUAAAUGUCGCAGCUCAUUAGAGUCUUCUCAGCAGAGGAGCGAUGCAGCCAGAGGCAGCGGAGCGGAGGAGGCAGUGUGGCCGGAGAAGGCGCGGGGAGAGCGGGCACAGCCGAGCAGAGCCGCGGGGGAACCACCGGAGAGCGGAGAGCUCAGAGGAGGAGGUGACGAGGUUGAAAGAGGUCGUCGCCACCACGCAACAGAAAGACAGGCAGGCAGGAGAGGGAGGAAGAAGAGCAGAGAGGGAAGGAGAGGAAGAUGAAGGAAGAGGGAGGGACAGAAGCCAAGGAGACGGAGGAAGAAGGAGGAGCAGGAGGGCGGCGUCAGAAGGAGGUGAAGGAGGCGAGGAGUCAGGGAAGCUGAGGUGGAGAGUCCAUCAGCUGGAGAAGGAGCGACUGGAGCUGACGUCUGGACACAACCAGGAGCUGUGCCGGCUGCAGGCGGAGCUGACCCGGCUCAGGUCCUCGGUGGAGCGAGGCGAAGCUCAGCGGGUAGAGCUUCAGUACCAGCUGACGGUGAGCCAGAGAGACGCCGACCGAGUCUCCGAGCUCAGCAGGGACAAACAGGCUCUCACAGAGCGAGCAGCAGAGCUCCAGCAGACGGUGAAGGAGCUGCAGAGAGCUCUAGACAUCACCCGGCAGGCCAGGGACGAGGACCAGCAUGCUUUGCAGCAGGAGGUGGAGGAGCGCGACAGAUUCAUUCAGAGCUUCAGCUCCGAGAACCAUCGGCUGCACCGACUGCUGCAGGAUCAGGAGGAGGCUCUGCAGGAGUCAGAGAGGAGGAUGGCGAAGGUGCAGAAGGAGUUAGAGAAGGAGGCCGAGAUGAACAGACGACAAGCCAACGAGCUGAAAUACCUGACAGAGAGGGAGGAGAGGAGCAGGAGGGAGAAGGAGGUGUCGGAUCAGAGGGUGAAGUCUCUGGAGUCGAGCAUGGAGGCGGAGCGAGCCGCUCACCUGGAGUCCAAGUUCAACUCUGAGAUCAUCCAGCUGCGUGCGCGGGACCUGGAGGCGGCGCUGGCGUUGGAGCGAUCCGGCCUGCAGGAGGCGCAGAGCGGCCUGGAGCUGCUGAGGAGUCAGUUCAGAGAGGUGGAGCGAGCGUACAGCCUGGAGAGGGAGCUGAGCAGCAGCACUGAGCGCGCUCUGCAGAGGCUGCAGAAGGAGUACGAUCAGUGCAAGUCUGACCUGAGCGUUGCCUUGGACACGGAGCGGACGAUGACCUCUGACCUCACAGCGAGGCUGGAGGAGGAGAAGAGACGACACGCCGACACACACACACUGCUGCAGCAGGCAGCUCAGAGACAGUCUGACACAGAGGACAGUGUGAGACACAUCAGAGAGACACUGCAACGACACACCAACACAGACAUGAGUCCUCCAGCAAAGGAUGAUGGGAGGCGUAGUCCCUCUGCUGAAGUCCUGCAGCUGCUGCAGACGACACUCGCCGCCUGCAGACACAGACAGGAAGCAGCUGACCGACAGGUCCAGGACCUGCUGCGUGCGUCAGAGCGUCUCCAGGAGGAGAAGCAGACGCUCUGUCAGCUGAUCUCGGAUCAGAGCCGACAGCUGCAGGAGUCUCAGCAGGCGUCCAGCACACUGGAACAGGAAGUGAGGCGACUGCGCCAGGAGAGCUCUGAUUGGUCGACGCAGAGCAGAGCGCUGCAGGCUGAGCUGGAGAAAGAGAGGGAGGAGAGGAAGAAGGAGAAGGAGGAGAGGAAGAAGGAGAAGGAGGAGAGGAUGGCAGAGGUCCAGAAGAUAACUGGUCACUAUGAGACUGAGUCAAAGGCCCGUCUGUCCUUCCUCUACUGCGUCUAUCAGCGCCUGCUGGCCGGCUGCGUCCUCCUCGAUCAGCCCCAGUGCAUCCUGGGUGAUUUCACCUGGAAGGAGCUGUGUGAUGUCAUCAACGAACAGGUCGACCAGCUGACCUCUGACCUCCGGGGGGCCAACGCCAAGAUCACCCACCUGCAGAGUGUGUGUGAGAAGAAGAGUGUGUGUGUGCGGGAGCUGCAGCGCAGUCAGGAGUGUGUGUUGUCUCGUCUGGAGGAGAGCGUGAGGAGGAGGGAGGAGGCGUGGAGCAGCCAGCACACACACACUGUGACACAGCUGCAGAACGAGCUGCAGCUGUGUCGCUCUCAGUGCGACUCUCUUCGCGAUCACGCUGCCUCCCUGGAACUCCACAGCUCCUCGCUGACCUCUGACCUCUCCCGGCUCCGCAGCCUCCUCUCUCGCAGCCGCAGGGAGUCGGCCUGCUUCCUGUCGGCCUGCGCCCUGCUGGCCGGGACGCUGACACACACUCACCGCCGCCUGCAGACGCUGUGCAGACAGAAAACACUCCUGUGCAGACGGCUGGCAGAGAGAGAGGUGCUGGAGGAGGAGGUGAGGAGGCUGGCUGGAGCUCUGGGAGGUGAGGAGGAUGAAGAGGAGGAGGAGGAGGGAAGGAGGAGGGCAGUGAGGCGGUGGAGGAAAAGUGUGUGUGUGGUGUUGGCGGUGAGGAGGUGGUGUGCGCUGGGCCAACAGACUACAGUGUUGUUUCGGCUGGAGAGACGAGGAGGAGGAGGAGGAGGUCCGGCUGUGUGUGUCUGUGGAGAGUCUACGGCAACACAGAAGAGUCAAGAUACAUCGAGUACAGAUAAAGGUGCAGGUGAUGGUGAUGAAGGUCGUGACGGUGUGUGCGCUCGCUGGCUUCGCUCUAAAAGUCUCUCCUCCAUCAUUCUGUCGUCCAUGGCUGACCUGCAGGGGGCGCUCACACACACUGGCUCCGCCCCUCUAGACGUGAUGUCAGCAGCUCGCUCUGCUUUGUCCCGCCUCCUGGAUCACCUUCUCGACCAAUCAGAGGCGGCGUCCAGCGUGUCCCCCUGCAGAGUGGACGAGGACACGCUGAGCGGCCGGCUGAGACUCGGCCUGAGCAGACUGACGCCUCUGCCGCGCGACAUGAAGGCCCUGGUGUCGACCCUCCAGCAGCACUUCCUGCUCUUCAGCCAACGGCUGCACUCGGCCGAGGUGGAGAGGCGGAGCCUGAGGCUGGAGGUGGCCAGUCUGAAGAGAGGACUGCGGCACGAGAGAGAAGAGACAGUCCCAGCACAGCAGUUCCACAGUGCAUGUGCGGAGCUCCGUCAGGCGCUGAACAGGGAACAGGAAGCCCAGACGCUCAUCCAGGAACAGACCAACCAGCUGCACACGCUGCAGCUCCGAGUCAACACACACACCGCCGAGCAGACCAACACACACCACACGCUGAAGCAGACCGCACAGUCUCUGUCGGAGGCUCGGCAGGAGGUGAGCAGGAAGGAGCGCUCGCUGAGGAUUCUGGGAAAGCACCUGUCGGGGGUUCAGAGGGAGAGGAAGCAGCUGGAGGAGAGACUGCAGCGAGCAGAGGGCGAGCUGAGGGAUGCCGCCAGACGUCGGGAUUUUCUGAUCAGCAACAUGAAGGCUGCAGAGACCAGCUACAAGGAGGUCAGAGAAAGUCUCGUCCAAUCAUGUCGCUCGCUGUCAGCUCAGCCCCGCCCCCUGCUGUUACCCAGGGAACACCUGGAGCUGAGUGGAGCAGAGAGCAUCAUGGGAGCUCCUGAGGUGGCAGCGUGUCAGAGUCUCCUCUCCACCUUCUCUCAGCUCUGUCACACCUGCAGCUCCAGGAUUGAUUGGCUGGAGCAGGAAGUCUCCGCCCACCGCAGUCAUGUGACCGCGCUGCGCAGCGAGCUGCAGGACGCCUGUCUCCGUGACAACCAGGCCCUCGCCCCUGUGGCUGAUAUUCCUGAAUCCUGUCCGUCAGCUGACGUUGAAACUCCUCAACCUGUUCCCCCCUCUGAUCUGUCGAAGCAGCCAUCAGUCAGUUUAAGCCCCGCCCCCUCCAAGACAGACUCCGCCCCCUCACCGCCUCUCUGCAGAGCCCUCAAAGGUCCCAAGACGAAGGAGAAGACAGGCGUGACGAAGAACAGAGGAGGGAGGAGACAGACUGAAGGACCUGGGAUGUGAUUUUCUGGACAGUGAAAGUCAGUUUUCAGGAAGGUCCUGGAAAAACCUUCAGCACACUCCUGGAAAGUCCUGGAAAGAUGUGACGUUCAGGGACCGUCCACAGAAUCAGUUUCAACCUGCUGCUGCUGUGUUUUUAACAGCUGGUUGGUGACAAGUGAGGCCAGAUGGUGUGUGUGUGUGUGUGUGUGUGUGUGUGUGUGUGUGUGUGUGUGUGUGUGUGUGUGUGACAGAGCAGCAGCUGGUUCACCCUUCAGUAAAAUCUUUCUGCUCACGUUGACCAAGUUCGUUUUGUUUUGAAGGAAACAAACGUCACAGAUGAACUAAAUGUGUGUGACAUGUUGGAGCUCUUCAUGGCAGCAUGGAGCCGCUGACCCUCUGCUGUUUGUCACAUGACAAGGUUCCAGGCACCACACAUGUGAUCACACCUUAACCUAUUUUUACUGUAUUUAAUUAUCUAGGGAAGUUUCAGUGUCAGUCAGACUCUGCAGGGAGUUCAUGUUGAUAUGAAGAAGCAUCUUGGUCGUAGCUGCAGUCUCCAUCCUUCUUCUGUCUCCUCUCAGACUGCUGGCGGAGGAGGAAACAUCCACCUGACAUGAGCAGGUUAAAAUAAGCUCAAGCUCAGGUUUAUACUUUAAAUGACCUUAUGUUUUUUUAAACUGGAGAAAGCCAACUGUAACCUGGUGAAAUAAAUCAGUACAGUCAUCUGGUGAAACACUGUUGAUAUGAGUGAGCGUCAACUCAGUAUCACAAACACAAGCACGUAGAGCCACAGUGAAGCUGCUCCUGCAGCCUGUCACUGCCGACUGCAGCAACACGACACUAAUCACUGAAACGACUAAAGAUUUCUUCGUCUUUGGACAAUUAACCAUCUGUAGUUUGGAGGAAAUGUUCCCCAGGACCAGUUGUUAAGUCUCCACACAGAGCCAGCACUGAGGCUGACGUACAGACAGACGGCUGUCCAUCGGUCCCGUUCUUGUGAAGGUCACAUCUCAAGAACGCUGGAUUUAAAACAAAGAAUAAUAACUGGCACGAAUGUCGGUCCCAUUCUGGUGAACACGAUAUCACAAGAACACCUUAAAGAAGUAUUUUGCUCCUGGAAAGACGUCUGUUAAUAAAACUGUUUGUGUCUCUGCAGCAGAGACACAAACAGUUUUAAGCUUGGUGCUGCAGAACCAAAGGAAACACGGAAAAGGACACUUUUAAUGAAAACCUACAACUACCAGAAUGCACUGCACCACACCAGACCAGUUAUGGUGCGUUCGUUUUGUACUCGGAGGUCGGAAAUUCCCAGUUCCCAGUCAGAAGUUUAAACUCGAACGAGAUCGGAUUUCCAACUCGGAGCAACCGCUUCAACCCCGACUUACAAUUACAAGAUGGCUGCCGGUCACAUACAUAGUGAGACAGGCUUUCUUGCAGGCAUCCAUGUUUUUUUCUGACUUGUCCACCGUCGUCAACUAGAAUGCACUCGGAGGUGACGUCAUUCCCACGUCCGACUUCCGACCUUCAAGUCCCAAACGAAUGCACCAUUAAUGCUCCUGCCGGUGGGUGACGAAUGCAAACACAUCUCAACACACCUCAAACAAUGGCGGCUAGCCGGCAGGACAUGAUCUCAUAGUACAGUUGAGCAGUAGCUAACACGUGAAACAUGUGAGGACAGAAACAGACGACUCAGUCGCUUAUGUUCGAUCAUUUUGAUCUGUUUUCACUGUGCAGGAAAAGCCCACUUCCUGUUCACAAACUCUCGCUGCAGACGGUUCACACAUACGACGAUCAUUGUUAUGACACAGAGCUGGUUGGAAAUCAGCAAAGUAUCACUUUAAGAGAAUUUUUUCAACUUUGGCACAAACGCCCACUCUGACUGAGGAAAGGUCAAAGGUCACAAAACGUUUUUGUCCAUAACUGAAGAAUUCAUUCACUAAUUCUGACCAAACUUGACACAAAUGUCUAACAGGAUAAAAUAAUGAAGGUCCAAAGGUCAAAGGUCAGCUUGACUGUGACAUCAUCAUGUGUUAACGUCAUAUCUCAGGAACAGAAGGGGAGACAUUUGGUCAGAUACUGAAUUGGUGACUCUAAUCUUGAAACUGUGCUGAUUGUAUAGAUCUUCUGUGUGUGAAGCGUCCAUGUUUUCACUGACAUGGAUGGAGACUGUCAGAGACACUGGAGUUACAGAGCGUGGAGUGAAAUCAGCUUCAACACAACCUGAACAUUCUUACCUUCAUGAAGGACGAUUAUUUAACGACUGUUGGAUCAGACUGUGGCAGCUGUCAGCGGGUGUUCCUAAUAAACUGAACACUGGGUGUAAAUGAGAGUUUUUACAUCACGUACGAACAGAAAAGUUUUCAGCCAGAAGAAGAAAAAACACGACAAACAUUUUUACUACUGCUGCAUCAGCACCACGACUGUGUGUGUGUGUGUGUGUGUGUGUGUGUGUGUGUGUGUAGCCUUCAGGCAGCGUGUGUGUG